AUGCCCCCGUCCAGCAUCAUCACCACGCCUCUGUCCAUCCUCCUUUUAUCAGCAUGGACAGGCACCGCUCUGAUAUUCACAGCCCUCAACGCCGUCAUCGCCAGCACAACAGCCCUUGAAACCAUCGGCUCCACGUCUCUCUUCACGUACCUCCUCUGUCGUCUCUAUGUCGCAUUCACAUCGCGCGAGAGCACCUCGCUGCCGCGUACCCUAACAAACGCCUACACGCACUCGCGCACCGCCGCAAUCACCCUCCUGGUCUUCGCAGCCGCAUGGCUGCAUCAGCUCUACCAGCGGGUCCUGAUGCUCAUGGUCGUGACGUUCUUCACAAUCGGGCUGAGCAUAAUAAUGCAUCUUGACAAAGUCGCUUCCGCAGCCGGAGGCAAGUUGGUCGUCGCGGAUGGAGCUGGUCCGGUGCCCAUGCCCAUGCGCAUGUCCGGCACUGAAGCCUUCAAGAAGGAGUUUGGGUUUGAGGAGCUGGAAACUGAGUUGGAGGUGGAUUUUGCGAAUGUCUUUGAGAGUAUGCCGACGGGGCUUUUGCUGUGGGGUGGACUGAUGCUUUGGGUGGGUUUUUUGUCGCUGGGCGUUUACUUGCUGUGGGUUGGGUAUCGCGCUGUGAAGGGCGUUUUUGGGGAGUAUGAUGCUCCUGCUCCCACGAUCAUGGCGCCGGCUGUUGAGUUGCGGCCGGUUCGGGCUGCUGAUGCGGCGGAUAGCAUUGGCGUUCGGGGUGGUAAGCCCGGGAAUCCUGGUCCAGGUCUUCAGACUGCUCAGGGCGCAGAGGGCGCAUAUAGUGCUCAAAGGCUCCCAGCCUUAUAUGAAGCGCAAGGGGGCCAGGCUUUUGACGCGCCGCGCAAUCACAAUGUCGCGGCGAGUCAGGCUGCCGCUCCGAUACGCAACGAUGCCGGCCCCGGGUUCUGGAUCAGCUGGGGCUAA